CACACACACACACACAUACACACACACUUGUACGCGCCGCUUCACAGGCAUGGCCAUUGACUUUCUAAUCUUCAUAAAUCACAGUGUCUUGGAAAAAGUAUGCCGUGUGCGGCGGCUUGCCGGCAUGUGCCGGGUGGCCGGGUCCUCCGCCAUCAUACCUGUCACAGUGGAAAGAUUGACAAACAAAAAGCCAGGACAGAACACGUAGCUGGGCUGAGACAUGCAUGGCUGGACGGAUGUGUCACCUGGCGGUUGUCAGAGGGUCGAAGGCCCGCAACGGGCGGAAAGGGAGCAACCAUGUGUGAUUUUGACCGGGAGAACGAGCUAGAUGUCCCAGAAAAAAGAAAAAAGGGACAGCUCGGGUAUCCGAGAAAUGUCUCAAGGCUUUGUGUGAGCCGCGUGCGUGGCCGGCUAAUCCUACUGGACCGGACUGGUCUCUUGUGUUUUGUUUCUGUGCCUCGUGAGGGGCGGCUGGUUGAGGGAUGUGCAGUGCAGUCCACCCCACCUGGUCGUCGAGAGCGGCACAAUGCCCCCUUGUUCUUGUGCAGCUGAGCCUUUGGAUGUGGUAAGUCUGUGACAUGCAAUCACGGAGCAUGUGCCACGAGGCCGGUCGAUCUGCUUCAGGAGGGACGGACGCUUCCCAAAUGGUUACUGACCCGUCGUCGUGGGUGCCGAGGACGAGACCGGACCUUGGAGACUUAGCUUCAUUUGCUGGCUACGCUAGCCCACGCGCCAUAUCGACAUGACCC